AUGGAGGAGCGUGGUGGAGACGAUGACAACGCCGAAUACAAUCGCAAGCGGACUCUCGAUCGACGCCGCGAAACAUCGCGUUUUGCUGCGCGCGAUCGACGUGGCAAAGAGGCCGAUAUCUUUUCACAUCUCAAGAAAGUAGUACCACUGGCCAAUACAAGAAUGGUCGCACACGUGGAUCGGAUAGCUCUUCUACGUGUUGCAUCAACAUACUGCAAAUUACGAAAAAUCGCCGCAAAAAUGUUGAAGGGUGAAUCGUGUAAAGAUGAUUGGAAGUACUGGCAUGAAAAAACGAUCAUAGAAAGUUUGGAUGGUUUUGUUGCAAUUGUUGACAGCAAUGGUCUUAUACUCUACGUCUCUGAGAGUGUUUCAUUGUACCUCGGACUCAGCCAGACUUUUAUUGCUUAA